CCGUCCUUGCGGAGCCCGGGCUCCACGCUGCUGGGGGGAAAAAGUGGGCUCCUCUGGCCCGCGGAGGACUCGACUCGCUGGUGCACGCUCUCAGUCCCGCGCGUCGCGCCGGCUGCCGGGUUUCCCUGCGCCGGGAGCUGGAAACUGGCCGGUUGCGUGCGUCCCGAGAUCCGGAUCGCUGUCAACGUUACCUCGAGGCGCUUUAGGGAGAAUUAAAGUGGAAGAAGAGCAGAGACCUCUAAGAAGUCAUUUGGAAACUUCUCUAAAUAUUUGUAACUGUGUAUAAGCAGCUCAAGAGAAACGGACCCGAACGAAACGGCGUGAAGACCUGAGGCCGGUCUAUGUUCCCGUCUUCACUUCUGUGCGGGGGCUGAGGGGUCUUCCUCCAAAUUGAAGGGUUGCGAGAGGAUGACUUUCCAGUUUAAUUUCACUAUAGGAGACCACCUGGAAAAUGAAUCCACAGCCCUCGGAGAUGGAGCUUUGACCCUGAAUUCUUCAAAAGAGGCUCCAGGCUCAGAGUGUCAGAAAGGCAAACACAGGGACACAGGCUGUUCUAGAGAACAGUGUGACCGCCCUCGGGAUCCCUUGGGGACCCCCGAGUCAGCGGGAAAUACAGCUCCCUCUCAGGCCCCAGGCAGCUCCCUCGACGCAGCCAACAGCUCAGGUAACUUGGAGCCUCAUGAAGAACAGCCUUGCUUAAGACGUGCCAAGGAGCAUGCCAUGCCUGCAGAGGCAAAGGAAGUGAUAGGAAACAAAGUCCUAGAAACGUUACCAGGUCUCCAGCAGGGCAGCAUGUCGGUGGUGAAAACCGUCUUGUUGAAAGAGAAGUUCCCUGGGGAAAACAUUGUUUCAAAAAGCUUUUCUUCUCACUCGGAUCUGAUCACCGGUGUUUACGAAGGAGGCUUAAAAAUCUGGGAAUGUACCUUUGACCUCCUGGCUUAUUUCACAAAGGCCCGAGUGAAGUUUGCGGGGAAAAAAGUGUUGGAUCUGGGCUGUGGGUCAGGGUUGCUGGGUAUAACUGCCCUCAAGGGAGGGGCCAGAGAAGUUCAUUUUCAAGAUUAUAACAGUAUGGUGAUCGAGGAAGUCACCAUACCUAAUGCGGCAGCUAACUCCGCUCUGGAGGGUGAAGAAAGCGAUGGAGACCAACAGGAGGUGAAAAGGUGCAGGAGAUCAAAAGCAGCGGAAAGCUGGCGGGGUCCCCUGAAGACAGCAGUCAGGCACAAGCCCAGUCCUGGGAACUAGAUCACCCCGGGGGAACAGGCAGCCCAACGGGGACACGCCUGCCCAAGGAGCUGCUAGCAGAGGAGACUUGAGACACAAGUUACGGCCACAAAUCCAGGAGAGGUGCGCCCAGUACACCUUCCCAUGCAAACAGUUGAGCUCAACCAUUCAAAGAGGCACACUUGUGUUGGGGCGACGGGCUUCGGAGUCCAAUGCCGUGGGUUGAAGUUCAGUUUCCCCAUCUGUAAGACAGGUUUACAGUAACAGCAGCUCCCUAACAGUGCUUUUAAAUAAUACUAGUUAAUAUCAAACACGUAUUAUGGUUCCUUUCACAAGGUUCCUAUAUAUAAGUGGAAAUGAUUAUUUCCAAGAAUCUUCAUAAUAGUCAUCCUGUUUUCUCGAUCAAAUAGGAAGCCUUGAUCACUUCUGUUAAAAAUUAGGUGUGGCCCUGGCUAGCGUGGCUCAGUGGGCUGGGCGUAGUCCCAUUAACCAAAAGUCGUGGGUUGGGUUCCUGGUCAGGGCACGUGCCUGGGUUGCAGUGUCGA